AAGGAACGAGCAUAACCUCAAACAACAUCAACCUGCACAACCCCAGCCGUUCUCCCUGGGGUGGGAAGGGCUUUCUAUAUUUCUCCAGUAUUUGUAUUUCCAAGGUGCAAUCCAUGCAUCCUGGUGCUGGGGGUCUUCUAUUAAAGCCCAAAGCAGCCACUACCUCUUGGAAAUCCCCCACAUCUGAAGUCAAAGGGCAAAACUAAGAGCUUGAGGCUCUGUAGGAAUCUAUUCCUGCAUAAUUUACACCCCAGCAGUGCUUGUUGCCGCAGUUUAAAUACACGUGUAACCCAUAUUAGGUGAUUGUUAGCAUUAUUGCUAUUUUACCACUCUUGCAAUGAUUAGCACACGGUGGGCCACGCUGUGUUUGCAAGGCUGCAACCAACGGCUCCUUUGACACGCAGCCAUCCUGCUGACAGCAAAUUCCCUUGAGCAAAUAGGUCCAAAUUAGCGGCAGCUUUGUGUGGCUGUAUGAUGGCAAAUAAUCCCAUACAAGUGCUGGGGGCUGGUUGGCCCCCCCAGGAGAAGUUUGAUUGCUCUUUGGCCACAACUGAGAGCUUUUUCUGCCUGGGCUUGAGGCCACUUUGUACAAGUUGGUUGGUUGGCAGCCAAACCUGGAUGCUUAGAGCAUCCCACGUUGAGCAUCCCAUGUUGAGCAUCCCACGCUGAGCAUCCCAUUUUGAGCAUCCCAUGUUGAACACCCCAUAUAGAUCAUCCCACGUGGAGCAUCCCACUUACACCACCUCCCCCAUUCACGUGCACAGGGAAACCUCUCAAACCUAUUUGUCCAAAUGGGCUGAAAGGAAGCCAGAAUAUGCCACAAUUAAGGACAGAUGGGCAGUGUGACCGCUUACUGCUCGCUUCCAUGGGAGAUAGCAACUGCCCUUUCAAUUUCCUCUCUGCUGAAAUGUGAGAUGUGCAAAUGGUUGCAGGGAUCGUGUCCCACCUUAAGUAAGGGAUUAUUAUUAUUAUUUUAAUUAUUGUUUUAAUUGAUGUGUGGCUUUAUCAGAGAGUUUUGGGUUGAGGCAGGUCAGCGCUGGCACAGAGAAAACCCAACCAGCAUCUGCCUCCUUCGUGCUUGUCAGUGAGAUGUAAAAUAGGAAUUAACCCAAAUCUUUGCGUGCAUCAGUAAGAUAUGAAAUAUGAAUUAACCCAAAUCUUGAAGAGCUGAGACUGUCUCAAAGCUCUUGGGCUGUAAUUUCUCUCCCAGAGCCAACAGCAGUGGGACCAGCAGCUGAAAUAGUGCACAUCCCUUUGUGCUCUAAGAACCCCCAGCACCUUACAUGGGAGAUGUGGAAGUGCUGGAUGGGCUCUGGGUGCCUCCCUCCUCCUCGUGCUGUUGGCCUCUGGGUGCAAAGAUGCAAAGAAAGAGUUAAGGCACGGCACGGGCUGGCGGAGGCCAAUCAGGCAGAGCAAAGUGCGGCGGGUUGUUUACGCCAGGUAGGAUUUAGGAGUUUUUCCUGGGGCUGCUGAGCAGGUGGAUGAUGAGCAGAGAGCCCACGGCAGGACGGGGAGUGUGGGAGGACAGAGCACUGGAGGCACCAGUGCCACUGACCUGUGCCUCCACUUCACCUCUGAGCUGCCAUGGCCACGCUAGAGACGCUGCCAGUUCUUAGUGACCCAACGUACCCCAAUCCAGAAAACUUCCAUAGAUUUGCUUCUCGGCCAUCCCAAAACUCCUCCAGGAGCAUCAUGGGGAGUGUGGGGAGCGGAGUGGCCAAUGACCAGGAGUUUGCAAUGAAGAGUGUGGGGACCCGGACGCAGAGCAGUGGCCGUCAGAUGGAGGGGUCUCGCAAUGGGUUCUCCACACGGGACAUCUCCAACCGCUACUCCGGAGAGGAGAAGACCUACAAGUCAGAGAAGGUCUCCAAUUCCCUCUAUAUCAACGGUGACCUGCGUAAGAGUGAGAAGGUGAAGAUGGACAUCUGUGGGAAUGUGACCACCAACAAUGAGAAGAACAUGCCGCCUCCUCCCCAGUACCGAGAGCCCAGUAACCCACCAAAGAUAUUGCCAAUCUCCGGCAAACUAGACCAGAGCAAUGAGCCCUUAGUUAGACCCUCAGCCUUUAAACCCGUAGUUCCUAAAAACUUCCAUUCCAUGCAGAACCUCUGCCCGCCGCAGAGCAACGGGGUGACAGAGAACAGGAAGAGCUUGAACCACACCAACAGCAAUAGCCCAUCUGCACCCAAAAGCGGACUCGACAAGAGCAGCCUUAACAGGACUACAAACCAAGUGGGAGGCCUUUCAGAUUCGGGCCGUAACUCGUUAACGAGUCUGCCCACGUAUGGGACAGGCUACAGCCAGCACGUGGGCCCGAUGAGCGCCUCGACGAGCCACAUCAACCGCAUCGGCACGACCUACACGGACAAGAACAUCGUGGGAUACAAUGGGAUAUCUACCUCAGACAGCGGCCGGUCUUCGAGCAAGAGCACCUCUUCGUUCAACAGACUGAACCAUCUCAAUGAAACAAUGCCUUUCCACUCUCCUUCGACGGACGACAUCAUCCAAGACUUGGAAGACAGGCUGUGGGAGAAGGAGCAGGAGGUCUUGCAGAUGAGAAGGAACUUGGACAAAAGCGAGGCAGCCAUCUUCCAAGUGUUUGAGGAGAAGCAGAAGAUCUGGGAGCGGGAAAUGGAGGAUCUCAGGCAAAACUACGCCAACAAAUUGCAGCAGGUCUCCAAAAAGGCGCAGAGGGCACAACAGGCCUUGCAGCUCCAGAUCUUCAAGCUGCAGCAGGAGAAAAAAAAACUCCAAGAUGACAUGGGGCAACUCCUCCAGCAGCGAGAGGAGCUGGAGAAGAAAUUUGUGGCUUUCAAGAAGGAGCAGGCUGAGUUUCUCCCAAAGAUUGAAGAGACCAAGUGGGAGGUGUGCCAGAAGGCGGGUGAGAUCUCCCUGCUUAAGCAGCAGCUGAAGGACUCCCAAGCAGACGUCUCCCAGAAGCUGAAUGAGAUUGUGGGGCUGCGGACACAGCUCAAGGAAGGUAAGAACUUCCUCCGUGAGAAGGAGGAACAAAUCCUCACCUUGAAGGACUCCUACAGCUCCAAGAGCGUCAACCUGGAGAUCUGCGAGAGUGAGCUGCAGCGGAAGAUGAGUGAGGUCCAGGUGCUGAGGGAAAAACUGAACCACUGUGAGCUGGAGGUCUCAGGACUGAAGCGGACACUUGCCAGCAUGGGACCUCCAGGGCCUUUUGGUGGGGACCUGGCUGAGAAGCUGCGGGACCCACUGGCCUGUGAAAGCGAUGAAGCCAAGAUGCAGAGGCAGAGCGAGGACAGUGUCAACGCGCUGAGGAAGGAGGUGGAGAGGCUGCAGACGGAGCUGAAGCUGGAGCGGCAGCAACGGGAGCAGCAGGUGAUGGACUUCGAGGAGGAGAGGCGCACGUGGCAAGAAGAGAAGGAGAAAGUCAUCAAGUACCAGAAGCAGCUGCAGCUGAACUACGUGGAGAUGUACCAGAAGAACCAACUCUUGGAGCACAAGGUGAACGAGAUGAACACAAAGGCCACCAGCCCACCGCACACCGAGGAGAAAAAAACGUGGACUCCCUCCAGGCUGGAGCGAAUAGAGUCCACUGAGAUCUGAGGUGGGACCAAGACAAUUCCCAUCACUUUUUUAUUGCUGUGCAUGUACUACCUACUCAAGCCAGUGGUCUUCUGAAGGAUAACACGAUACCGUAGGAGCGGUGUGAGGUGGCUUGCACUGAGCUCCAUCACCCUUACUCUAUUCUUCUGUGCUCUGUAGGUAAAUAACUGUGGAUGUGCGUUGUUUUUCUAUCGAUAAUGCAACAUCUCUUUGUUUGUUUGUUUUUUUUCCUAGUACAGCUGGUGAGGGUCAAUUGGCUCAUUUGUAAUCUGCCGUGACUGUUACUUCACUAGAGGCUGCCAUCCCCUCUCCUACAAUUCACCCCUCUUUGGUUGGUUGUUUUGGAGGGUUGUACUUGGUUUCUUUGGUUUUCCAAGCAUUUACGUGCAGCAAAACAGUGCAAAUUUGGCAGGUUUUUGGUUGUUUUUUUUUUAAGGGCAUUUUUAGCCACAUUGGCUAAUGGAACAAAGCUCUUGCGAUCACAAGCAAACUCACUGUUUUGCAUCAAGUAUCUUGUCUAGACGAUGGUCUUAGUGAAGUCAGUGGGAGAUGGGCCAUUGAUUUCAGUGAAACCAGACAUAUCUGCACCAGGUGACUCUCUCCUGCAGCCCAUGGCUAGCAUGGUUGCAAGAGGUUAGGACCUAUUCGUGAAGCAGUGUGAGCUUGUCCUGGUAACGUAAGCCAACAAGGGGUGCUUACCCAGUAGGAGCCUUGUUUGAGGCUCAGCAGAGCUCGGUACAUGCUGUGUUUUCCUUUUGUUGUGGUUUCUGUCUUCAUUUCUACUUGCUUCCUGGGUUGUGACCCAAUCCUGGGAGCAUAAAUACCCUCCCACCUCUGCCUUGAUCCCCCCUAUUCUUAAAUAUAUUCAUGCUGGAUUCAGAAAGGAAAAAACAAACAAACAAACAAAAAAAACCCUUUUAGAUUCAAGCUAGUUCCCUUUCUCAAGAGUCCUCUGAAUUCCCACAGUCAAUGGAACAAGGUUUGGGGAAGCCUCCAAACUUGUGGGUUGUUUAUGCAAGCAGAAGCUUUAGCAGUUUCCCAAUAGUGGACUAACCCAUUCCCAAAAGAGAGACAGUUUGGUGCAUUCUCUCUGCCCAGGGUCUAUUUACAAAUGGCAUCCAGGCCUCACUCAGGAGCUGCAGGGAGCACAUAUCAGCACUACCACUAGAUUGCAGUGAGGGAAGUGAGCAUCAGCCUUCAGCACAACCUAUUGGAAUAGUGCCCAUCGUGAUCCCACAUGGUAUCAUAUAUUCCAGGGUCAGAGAAAAUGCAGGGCAAGCUUAAGAAAACUGUUAGCUCCUAACUCUGAUUGUGAGAGCAUUCAUAAGAGACAGUGCUUAAGAUCAUACAAGUGCUUAUGCUCUGGCAGAAUAAUAACCAAAUCCUAUAUGUGCACUCACUGAAAAUGAUGCAGGUGUCAAAAAACAACAUUUAACUUUAAAAGGUGGGCAAAGGGGACUUGAUUAUUCCUUUCACAGACACUUUGCUACCAUGAUCCGCAGCAAAGAGUAAAAAAUGCUGUAAAGUGGGAUUUGCACUGACUGGGCAGCAGCCAAAGGAUCAACACAAGUAGAAAUUCAGGCUCUUUUCCCUAGGGAGAAGCUAGAACAAAGGUAGAAUUUGCAUCUUGGGAUGCCUGUAUGAGAUGACUUCAGGGAGAGGUUGGCCAGAUGACAUUUCACCUGCACACCAAGGAAGAACCUCAGGGUGUUGAGAGGCCGAAGACCUUUCAAGCAAAAGCUCGGAAGCCACUUUCCUUCCAUGUUCCCUUCCCCUCCAUCACCAGAUCUGACCUUCAAGCUGGGGUCACAUGGUGUUGUGGUGAGCUCCAGAUUGAGCAGAGAGGCUGAGCAGGACAGAAGGGACUCCACUGAUCUCACCAACCUCCAGCCAAGGUCAACAGACAGUAUUACAGGGAGGAACUGCUGGUAGCUGGCAGUGAUCCCUGGAGCUGUAGAAAAAGGAGAUGUGCAAUGAGACCAAGGUAUUUCAAGACUCCAGUCCUCCACCAAGGACCUGGCAGAAGGUCAUUGGCACAGAACUACUUUAUCCUGCUGGAAUCAAUGGAGCAGGUUCUCAGCCCCCAUGCCAGCCCUCCUCUUUGUUUUGGUGUUUCAGAGGCUGCAGCCUAAGCCAGAGGCUCCAAAGACAUCCCACAUGUGCUGCAUACACCCUUUGCAAGUAGAUCCUUGGGCUUCCUCCAUUCAUACACCAGGCUUUCUAGAUGGAGCAUAACACCUCACAGUGUUAGGGUUGAAGAUGUGACGCCUUGUGUUAUCUCAGCUUUCUGUGCCUCUUUUUUUCCACAUCAGAUAAACCUGCAUUGUCUUCCAUCCCAAAGCAGCAGACAGGGCCUUGUGUUUGUGAAGGGCUCUUCAGUCCUUGGGCAAAAGGGCAAAGCAUAGAGAAGUUGUAAGAAAUGCAAGAAGUUUCAAGUUUCAAAUGCCUGUCACUUGAUGACUUUGAGGCCACCACACAAAAAGCAAACAGUCCAUCAACAAAGAGUACCCUGGCCAUAGGAUGGGUCCAAUGAUCCCUCAUUGUUGGGUCAUUGUUCUUCUCAGCCCUGUUGAAUUUGAGGUUGGUUUCCCAUUAACCAUCAAAAGAACCAGGCUUUCAGUCAGUAGAUCAAGAUCACCUACAGAGAUUGAAUUUUGAGUACCUGAAGUUGAGGAGGUGUACAUUACAAUUAACUCCAGAAAAUUCCACCCAUGAGGACUUGGGCUGACCAAACUCUCCUGGUACAAGCAAAGGUGCAAGCAGCCCUUCUUACCAGUUCCUGUGAGUGAAGUUGAUUUGCUCCACCAUCACAGUGAGGCUGCUGUGAUCCUGCUGCUACAAGGUGCCCACCCAAAUGCACCCCUUGCAUAGCCAGCAUUUCUGUCUCUGCCCUGGCUGUGAAUGUGGUGUCCCCCCGAGCUCCGUGGGAAGGACCAACCCACCCCACUCCUGUCUUUCACUGUGGCACUUUACAGCUUGCUUGAGACAGCGAGCUCUGAGAAAUGUGACCAAAGAUCUCUGUAAGGUGUUGGACUGUGUGCUUCCAGCUGAUUCCCAGCCUUCCCAGGAAGGAAGAGACUGGUGUGGGCUGGGAAAGGAAAGAGGACAGGGUAGAAAGAAGGAUACUUCUCACAGCUCCUGGGUGAGGAUCUUUCACCAAGAUCCCUCAAUGAAGAUCUGCUCACGAUGUUGCCUGUGUCCUGCUGCCCCUCUGCAUCAGCUCUCCAGACUCCCCUGCCUGAUUUCAGUUCAUCAGUCCCAGGUACACUCAGUGCAUCUCCCAGUGCUCUUCCCAGACACUUCGUCCAUUAACAAGCAGGAGCUUACACUGGUAACAGCUUGCCCUGACCCUGCCCUUAGAGGAGCUUUCUAGACUACUCACAUCUCCAUCAUUUCCAUGUCAGCUACAUCAGCCCUGUUUUAUCUCCAUGAGAGAUCUUGCUUUUUACUGAAGGACAUCUCAAUGGCCUUUAAUCUCUUGAGAUCACUGAGUGGGGCUUCACAUCAUCACAAUACUAAACCCAGCCAGCUCAGAAGCUUCCCCAGUCCUUCCACCCUUUGCAAAGGCAGGGGUGUAAGGGACAUACAAGUAACGCUGAUCACACAGCUCCCAUGCCACCCAUGGGGGUAAUGAGGCAUUGGGAUCACAUCCAGCAGUUUUCAGAUGUCAGCUUCCCAAUCAGAUGUUCCACACUGGCAGCACAACUGUCAGCAAAACAGAAACGAGCCUCUGCACUUUCAGGAUAAGCCUCCUCCCCAUUUUCUUUCCAUGAAGGGGGAUUGCAUCAGAUCUGGAUCCUGGGACAACCUCUGGCAUGUAGGGUUGUUUUCAGGGUUGCUCUACAGAUCUGUUUUCUAAGCAGAAAGUCUCUGCUUUCUGUCGUAAAGCAAUAGGUUUUUUUCUAGGGAGGUUUAAAAAAGGACUCUUUCCAACCCUGAUACUUGCAGGCAACUCAAUGUUCUCUUGAAUAACACCAUAACUCCAGUUCUGGACUCUCCUUCAAAAAGCAAUGUGAGCCCAGGUCUGGCUCUAUGUAAUCACAGAAGGUAUGAGCCUGGUGAUCCCCAUUCCUCCAGACAGCCCAUGUCCAGCAGGCAAUCAGUGUGGGUCCCUGGGGUGUGCAGUCCAUCCUUCUUUGGUGCCCAUCUCGUGACUGUUACUGGGUGCCUGCAGCCAGUCAGCUCACUGCAGAUCACUGACACGGGAGCCACUGGGUCCCCAGAGGUGUCUGAGCCCAAAAGUCUUAUUUGAUGACAGCCAGACACCAAUGGGAAACAAGGCUUUCCCAUUCCUGGGAGCCAGGCUGUCCUAGGAACUCACUCAGAGACGAAGAUGCCCAUGGUGGCACACGGGUUCCCUUCCAGUGGCUGAAGGGAGCAAAUAUGUCCAGGUAGAGCUCGGAUACCGGUGCAAAAACGCACUGCCACCGGUGCCAAAAUGCUGCACAACUGGCCAAUGAGUCUAUGCAGUCCUUUCCCACACAGCAGUGUCCCUGCAGAGCCCAGUCCAAGGAGGCUGGGUCUCCUCUGAGGUGUCUUUGUUUGCACUCAUGUGGACCCGAUAAAUGCUGUGAGCUGAGAGGUGGCCCCUCAGGACUCACUCUCAGCCUUCACCUUGCACAGGGCAGUACGUUUGCGAGGGUUUCCUCACCCAAAAUAGAUGCACAUUCAUAGUCACCGGUUUCCAUGUCUCUUCUCCAGGAGAAUAGGCCCAUAAAACCCAGCUCCCCGAUAGCGGGACGUCAGGUUGGGCAAACCUGUGCCCCAAGCAAGCCUGUUGUCUGAUCUCACCAGCAAUAAAAGCCCCAUGGGGGAGCAGCCAGAGCUUUCCAGGCUGUGUGUGUGUGUGUAGGAUCUCUGCAUCAGACCCUUUGUCCGACGUUUUGGACCUGCCUGACUGUAAAUUGAACCCCAGCCUUGUGCUUCCCCUCCUCUGUUUGUUUCUUGAAGCCUCGAUCUCUCUCUGCUCUUACUGUGAAUUCAAACCAGAAGUGUUCUGAACUCGACUCUGUUACUGUUUGUUCUGCGUUGACUGUUGCUGGUUCUCUGAACUGCGUUUAAUGAGACUUUGCUAAAAAAAAAUAAAUAAAAGAAUAAAAAUAAUAAUAAUUAAAAAAAUAGGAAAAAAAAUUAUAUAUAUAUAUCUAUAUAUAAACUUAAAAAAAUAAAGUAUUUAAAAAGAAUUCCAUAAGGUUGGGUGUCUCUCCUGUCCACCGAUCACUUCCAAACACUGUUGUCUUGACUUUGCCUCUGGUCAGUGUAUUUAAAGAGAAGAAGAGGUGAAAAAUGAAGAGAUAAAAUGCAGCAUUCUGGGCUUUUUGUACAGCGGAGGUGUAUCCAUUUAGAAAACUCUUGUUAGAACUAUACCACAUUUCACAACCUACUGCUAGUCUGUUGUAUGUUUCCAUGGGGUUAUAAAGAUGUGAAGAGCUACUGCCUUUGCGAUUUUCUACAGUGAAUAUAUAUAUAUAUCUGUACAGAGGUAUGUAUAUAUAUAAAUAUAUAUGAAGAUCUAUAUGUAUACGUAUCUCUCACUCUCCUAUCUCUAUCUGACUGUGAAGGAUUUUUAUUGAGCAAAAUAAAAUGGAGAAAGGCCCCUUUUAAAAACCUGA